AUGGCAACUCGACUCGCACUCGCAAUCACGGCAUUGACUUUCAUCAAUGGUGACGUUUUUGCGCAGAGACCCCGCAGUGCUAUUGAAAUAGGUCCCACGAUGGCGCGUGGCCGCGAACAAUUUACCGCGGGAAUUGGCAACGGAAUUGGUGGUGGAAUGGGUGGCCUGAACGGAGGUGGCAACGGAUUUGGUGGUGGAAUGGGCGGUCUGAACGGAGGUGGCAACGGAUUUGGUGGUGGAAUGGGUGGUGUGAACGGAGGUGGCAGCGGAUUUGGUGGUGGAAUGGGUGGUCUGAACGGAGGUGGCAAUAGAUUUGGUGGUGGAAUGGGUGGACUGAAUGGAGGUGGCAAUAGAUUUGGCGGUGGCAUCGGUGGCGGUAUGGGGGGCUUUGGUGGCGGCGCUGCAGGUGGUGCCGGAGGCUUUGGUCAGUUUGGCGGCGGUGCUGGUGGCUUCAAUCAAGCGGGUAACAACCCUGGGCAGCUCGGUGCUGGCGGCGCCUUUGGCGCUGGCAUCGGAGCAGCAGGAAAUGGCGCUGCAAUCAGCCCGCCUGGCAGGACCACAAAUGGGUUUACGACUAGCGCUCGAGGUGUCGGUACUGCUGGUACAGCGACAGGAGGCGACGGCAGAAUCAACAACGACGGUCCUGCGACUCCAGCUCCGACGAUGCCUGUCCGUAGACCUAUCAAUGGUCUGGAGGUGGCGUCGGCGCUAGCGGUGCUGGUGCUUUUGGAGCUGGAGCUAGCGGCGGUGGAUUCGCUGGAGCUGGUGGAAUUGGCGGAGGUCAAUUUGGCGGAGUGGGAGGUGCCGGCCAAUUUGGAGGUCCUGGUCGUCAAUUCAGCGGCGGAAUGGGCGGACCUCUUAGUGGCAAUGGAGGUGUGGGUGGCUUUGCCGGUGCUGGCGGAAGUGGGGGGAAUGAACGGUGGAUCGUUUGGUGCCGGAGGACGUGGAGGUUUUGGUGCUCAAGGAAGGUUUGGAUCGGGAGGCGCGUUCGGUGGCAUGUCUGGUCAAGGUGCUUCUGUUGCUGACAACGGCGCGAUCAGUAGUCCUUGA